GGUAGCUUACCUUUGCAGUCACGUGACGCCUCAGUGAACUGCACCGGGGUAAAGGUGGACUGCUUUGUGCCGCACCGACUGUAAUUUGACUGCCGCCCUCAGAGUGCCAACCAGUCGACUCUUUUCUGCCUGUGAGCGAAGUGUCCUUUGGAAACUUUACAUUUUAUUCGUCCAAUAUGUCCAUCAGUCGGAAGAACUGGUCGGCUUUGUCCAGCCUGGCGCGCCAAUGGACGAUGGAGGACGAGGAGGAGGUGGAGAGGGAGAAGAGAAGGAGGGUGAAAAGCAUAGGCAAUGCUGACCCUGAUGAUGACUCUAGCCAAACACCCAGUGACACACCCACCAGCACCCACGGGAGAGACCCGUCAAGUGAGAUGUCCCAGGGGCUCAGCAGUGCGGAGCAGUUACAGCUGGACUUUGUGGAGAUGCUGCGUGUCCGUGAUGAAAAGCGAAGGAUGAGGCAUGUGGAGACGCUGAGACGACAGAAGGAGGUUGGGGAAGAUGAAGCAGAGGCCUGCAGAGGAGGAGGAGGAGGAGGAGCCAGGGUGGAGUUACUGGGGGACUUGGAUGACGACCAGGGUAGUGUGUUCCCGUCUGUGAAAGCCACAUCCAAACCACAACCACCCCCAAAAACAGCCUCUUAUAGUCCCACCAACAGCAGCACAAACAGACAACACGAAAAUGGAGAGUCAUCGAGCCAAGACCCUGAUCCCAAGCCUUCGUCCAACCCGGCUCGCAAGUUUGUCAGCUCUGUCUCCAUCUCACUCGAAAAAAGUCCCUCUACCAGCGGUUGCACGACUCCCAUGAGCCCUCACUCUCCCAUGUCACCUCGAGAACACUGGCCGUCGCCUUGCCAGAGCCCUUCCCCGAGGGUAUCUCAAAGCCCUGUUCAGAAUGGACACACACAGGAGAAUGGCUCUUCCUCCGACGGCAACUUUGAACAGACGACCAAACCUGCUUUCAUCAGACAGAGCUCCAGGACUAUAUCUUUCAGGAUGAUGAGGAAGAAAGAAGAGGAGGCUGCACCACUCCAGAGGAGUGCGAGUGUGAGGAUGGCCUCCAAGAAGUUUGAAUCCAACACAGACCAAAAUGAAGAUGAAGACAAAGCAUCAUCUUUCCAGAGAAACUCUAGGCAAAGGAUUUCAUCCAGGUCCAUCCAGGAGAAGAUGGAGAGACUGGCUCAGGCUGCACAGAAGUCUGAAGUAGUACGAUCUCCAGAUGUGACCCAGAGGACCCUGUUCCUGAUGGAAGAAGUGUCCAGGAAAAGAGGACUCUUUGAGAAGGACCAGCAAACAGCAUCCCCCGCCAGCCCAGGAGUUUCCAGACAGGAAUUUAGAAGCUUUGCGACAGGAAUGUCAGACCGGAUCAACCGCUGGCUCAACAAGACCAACCAAACAGGGUCAUCACACAGUCCUGCUGACUUGAGGCACGUGGACAUCACCAGUAAGAGGAGCCUGUUUGAGAGCAGGGAGGACAAUGUCCCAAAACCGAGCCUUGGAAAACUCUUCAAGUGAAGGAUUCCUUUUUAUAAUGCCCAAUAGUAGCGCUGGGAGGAGGAGAAGACACCUAGAAGAUUAAUGGAUGCCAUGACUGAUUCUUUCUUCAAGCUUUUUGUGUUGUUUUUUUCUUCUUCUUCACUGCCAAAACAAACAGGAGGAACGGGUCUGUGGAAUAGGAAAAAAACUGAAAAGAAGGAUUGCGGAGGCUUCAAUCAUACACUUUAGCAUUGCUUCUUGAAAUAUAAAUAUGUCUUAUUUCGAACACUCAAACACAUUUUGAUGUUUGUGGACAGAAAGUAAAAAGCAAAGUAAAAAUGAGAGGUGACAGAAAAGUGACAGAAAGAAGAGAUGGCAGUGAUAGAUUUGCUUUAAAACGACAGCUUUGCCUUAACUUUGUGUAAUUUUUAAAAGCACUUUAAACAGGUGAGGGUCUUCAGGCUAAUGAUAGCUUUUUUAAAAUUGAAUUUCUUUAGUGCAAACUCUUGAAAUGUAAUUUUUUGUUUUAUGUCUAAUUGGCCAAAAUAUUUUUUGUCUGUGUCAUUAUGGGCAACGUGCUGCCUAUCUAAGGAAUAAAAUGUUUUAUGACCAUAAA